AUGCUUCGCUUGCCAAACGAGACGCUAGUAUACAUUCUCCAAGACCUAUACCAUGUGUCUGAGGAUUUUCGAAGGCAUGGUAGCAUAAGCGAUCUGCUUUCUAUCCGAGCUGUUUGCAAGCGACUGGCGGACGUUGGAGCACAUCUCGCAUUCCGGCAUAUCACUCUCAAGCAUCAGACACAAAGCUAUCAAAAGAUUUUGGCUUUCUCAGAGUCUGAGCAUAAGGGCAAAGUUCGAUACAUAACGUACAGUUUUCAAGAUUUUGAGGACGAAUGUAUUCCAAGGGGCGAGUUUUCAGACUACAUAGCGCAACACGCACCACUGAGUGUUGGACACUUUUCUGUCGCAGAACUAGACGAACUCCACCGGGAUUACUGCUGCCGACACUCGGAUAUGUGCUAUCUCGAAAGCACAGGUCUGGAUACGGCGUGUUUAACAGUCAUUCUGCCUCGCCUCAUAAAUCUUCGUUCAAUUUGCAUCUCACAAUGCUUCGAUAAUCUACCCUGGUUGAAGUUUGAAGAAGUUGUUCACGAUUCUUACAUGCCCUUUUUGGAGCAGUCUUCCAGUCUUAGGAUUUUCGACAACAUCAUCGUCGCUUUGUCUGCAACAAACACGAAUCUCACCGGCCUGACCAUACGCUCUUACCAAAACGAUAUUGGCGACCUACCUUUGACUGGUGUCAUACAAGCCUUGAAUUCCGAACGAUCCAUGCUCUUUAAAAGUGCUCUCAAACAGCUAAAAACCUUAAGCAUUGCAAUUCCGCAGUUCGCGGAAGAAGGAAGUCUUAAUUACGACGGGCUACUGAUUUUGCUUCACUCUAUCCCAUUACUUGAGAAAUUAAAACUGUCUUCAAUAUCUCGUCAGAGCGUGAAGCUGCCGUCGAAAUUUCUCGAAUUCUUGACUAUUCCAAGAUUGCAUACCGUUGAAAUUGAUCACGGCUACUUUUCUUGUGCAACAGACUUAACAAAUUUCUUUUCGAGACACUCCCAUACAUUGAAAAGAGUUGAGUUUCGCGACGUCACACUCUCAGGAGGCUCGUGGGAGACGAUCUUCUCAAUUAUGAGAGCCACGUUAGUCCUCAGCUCUUGUACUAUGGUUGGAAAAUUUUCUGCUAAUUGUCAAGUGGAAAUUGACACUGAAAUGCAAAACCAUGGCAAUAGGGUUCUGCCAUUUAAAGCAAUUGAAGACUUCAUCGAACAACGAUCAAAUGACCAUCCAUUCGAACUGACGAAAUGCAAAAGCUUAGCCUUGGUCUUUUAUGUUACAAAUUACGCUACCAAGGUAGAGGAUCCGGGGUGGAAGCGUAUUUUUGCCGCCAAGGAAGUGGCCCAGCUGCUUAAAAGGAGCGAGAACGUUGAUCAGGGCGUAGCGGGUGUUGGGUCAUCGCAGCAGACAACCCGGGAAAACAGAGCAAGGCAAUUCUUGUUGCGUGUCGCAAAUAGGGUAUUUACGGACCGAGCGUUGUCGCAUGUGGAGGUGGUCGCUCACCUGCUGGGAUAUGGGACAGAGUUCACGAAUAACGCGGCGUGGACAUUCUUAAACCUAUGCAGUCUCUACUGGCAAAUAUUUCGACGCUGGAAACUCCUGCAAGAGACGGCUGAAAAGGAGCUUCUAGACGAGCAAAGAGAGGAAUCAGUCGCAAUUAACGCGGCGGGUCAGAAGAUCUCUCUUUUGGAUUCGUACUUUUAUCGAGGUCAGGUCCUAAAGGGUAUUGCACUGUGUGACUAUCUGUCAAUAGUGACGUUGAAGCGCAAGAAGAUACGGGCUACGUCCAAGCGGGAGAUUGAACUGGACAGGUCUUGGCCUUAUGCGAAGAUACGGUGCAAGUGCUCCGCCCAGCAGGACAGCACGCUGCUGUGUGUUUGGACGGGUAUCUCAGUAUGGAUUUUUCCGAGGAGGACGGCAAUUACCAUAAAAGCGGCGGUGCAACAUCUCGCAAUGUUCGUACCGUGGGAAGAUUUCCUCGCUGAGAGAAAUGGGGAUAUAAACGAUAUCUGGAUUAAGCACAAACAGACUCUGCCGGAACGGAUAUCCUUCUAUGCAAAUAAUAUCCAGUUGCUUCGUCGGUCGGCUGAGGAUGUAAGAAGGGACGCGAAGCAGUGGGCUGCAGAGUGUGAAGGCGGGCCGUUUUGCGAGCCAGAGGACUCAGGCUCCGGGUGCCAGGAAGAUGGGCAUCAGUUGGCGCCGUACCAAAAUGAUGAGCCAGGUGUCUUGAUGCGCUUUAUUGACGUGCUGAGGAAGGCAGUGGGAGCCAGAGAGGUAACUGCAGGUUCAGGAGAAAUUUCAUGGAUGCUCGAACGACUGUUUUGCUUUCAAGCAGACGGGCUGGACUCUUCGACGGACCUCAGUGCUUCAAAAAUAGACGACGGUGCCGUGACGAUGACCCUUAGGUCAGGUGAAAUAGGGCUGAAAUUCACGGUCCCGAGACAACAGCAUCUUCGAUCCAUUAAGUCGCAACAAAUCGGAUUAUCCCGUGAGCGAGAAAAGAGAAUCCAAGGUAUACAGAGCCAAUGUGAGGAUUACGAGGUCGGCCAUUAUGUUGCAGGUAGCCAGUCGAAUAGAUCUUGCCAGCCAGCCAUCGGAUUACCUAUCCAAAGUAAACAAUCGUCAUUGACGAUGGAUGUCCGGUUCGGUCCAGGCGGCUCCUUUUCCACGGUUGGGGAGGCACUGACGGUGUCGUUCAGGCUGAACCGGAAACAAAAUAUGGCUCUAAGAUUGAUUUGUCGCCAGGUAGAUCGACUGCGAGAAACAAGCGAUGGUGUGCCACAGCUCUGCAUGUUCGUGGGAGGGGAGGGCGGCACUGGCAAGUCGCGACUGAUCGCUGCAAUCAAGACGCUGUUUCGUUACAAGGAGCAACCACAUCGUCUUUUGGUUACGGCGACUUCUGGUACAGCAGCAGCAAACAUUGAGGGCAUCACAAUCCACUCUGCCUGCAAAUUCUCCAAAGAGUCAGCACCACGUUCAAGGCGCCUUGGGCCGACUGACCAGCUAAAGUUAUCGGGGGCCAGCAGCCUUCGGAUUGACGGUCAAACUAAGAUGGAUUGGCAGGAAAAGCGCAUGAUCGUUGUCGACGAAAUCAGUAUGCUAGGCGCUAGAACUUUAUAUGCCGUGAAUGAACAGUUGUGCAGACUCCGAGGGUCAGCGGAAGACUUCGGUGGGAUACCAGUCGUCCUCUUCUGUGGAGAUUUCCACCAAUUUAGACCGGUCCAGGAGCGAUCGAUCCUGCUACCCAGCACUGCAGUGAGGUGGGACGAACGCAAGUGUUAUUCAUCAGAGCAUAGACGUCAACAUGACAGAGCUCACGCUUUGUGGAAAAGAUUUGAAACGGUGGUCAUCUUGGACGAACAAAUGCGGGCCGCAAGUGACGCUAGGUUGCGGCGGUUACUGUCCCGGAUUCGCCAAGGAGCCCAGGACCGGUCGGAUCUGGACCUACUGAAUACCACUUGUUAUCGAGACGGGCGCAGAAUUCCCUGGGAGUCGGGUAUCACGGUUGUGACACCGCUCAACCGGAAUCGUUGGAACUUGAAUAUUGAGGCAGCAAUCUCUUUCCAGAAACAGCAGCGUGCGCUGAUGCGAAUUUUCAUUUCAGAGCAUAAAUGGACAGCUGGGGAGCCGUCAGAAGAGGAGGCUCUCAUGAUUCUCAAUUACGGGGAUGAUAGCGGGAUCCCGAUCCCGGCCAUUUUCAUGUUUGUGCCAGGCAUGCCCGUGACCAUAAAUCACAAUAUCCACCAAGGAUUAAAGCUUGUGAACGGAGCUGGCUAUACGGCAUGUGAGGUCAUUGUGGACAAAACGUUUCCAGGUCACCGCAUCUCUGGGGACAUGGUCAUACACUUUGGGCCUCCAGCUGGAAUCAUCCUGGCUUCCGAUACGACGGACUUCCGUUUUGUCGGUCUGCCUCCCGGCACCAUACUUCUCACACCAAUGUCAAUGAGGAUAGAGCGCGGAAGAAAACGACCAUGGCAAACGUUAGAUGUUACUCGCAGAGGGCUGGCCUGUGCUUCUGCGUUCGCCUGCACGGAUUUUAAGGUGCAGGGUCGAACGCUCGGCAAGGUCGCACUUGAAUUGCGCGGCGCCAGGACAGUUAGAUUCAACGGAGAGGCAGUGCCGAGCCAGUGCGAUCCGUACAGCCUGUACGUGCAACUCUCACGGUGCACGUCUCUCGACGGUAUCAUGCUUCUCUCCAAAGUGCGGGAGAAAGAUUUCUUAGGGAAUGAAGUGCCUAGGGACAUGUUGACAGCGGAAAAAGAACUAGAGGCGCUAGACGAGGCGACGAUGAGGGACGUGGAAUCCUGGAGUUGGCGGGACAUCUGCUGA